AUUUUGGCUCAAGAAUGAGGAGGUGGAUCAAGGCGCCGUGAUGCCGCCUUUGUCGGAUGCUGCUUUUCGGUAGGGGGUCUCGGGAAGGCGCCGUUCCCCUCCGAGUGGCAAUCGAGACGCGUGGUCGGACAAGACAAUGGAGCGCCGCACUGCAGCUGCUGCGCGAAGGAGUCCAGCUGGGUGUGCAAGUCUUUCCAUGCCACUACGUUGCGACUGUCGGCGCAUGCAGACGUGGCGGGCAGUGGCAGCACGCACUCUCGGUGCUCAGUGAGAUGUGGGAUGCUAAGCUGGAGCCCAACCUCAUCAGCUACAGUGUUGGGAUCAGCGCGUGCGAGAAGGGUGAGCAGUGGCAGCGGGCUCUGGCGCUGCUGAAUGAGAUUUGGGAGGCGAAGCUGGAGCACAACGUCAUUAGCUACAACGCUGGGAUUAGCGCGUGCGAGAAGGGCGAGCAGUGGCAGCGGGCGCUGGCGCUGCUCAGCGAGAUGCGGGAGGCGAAGGUGGAGCCCAGCGCCAUCAGCUACAACGCUGGGAUCAGCGCGUGCGAGAAGGGCGAGCAGUGGCAACGGGCUCUGGCGUUGUUCGGCGAGAUGCGGGAGGCGAAACUGGUGCUCGACGUUAUCAGCUACAAUGCAGCGAUCAGUGCGUGCGAGAAGGGUGAACAGUGGCAGCGGGCGCUAGCGCUUCUCAGCGAGAUGCGUGAAGCGAAGGUGGAGCCCGACGUCAUCAGCUACAACGCUGGGACCAGCGCGUGCGAGAAGGGCGAGCAGUGGCAGCAGGCUCUGGCGCUGCUGGGCGAGAUGUGGGAAACGAAGUUGGAGCCCGACGUCAUCAGCUGCUCUGCAGGGGUCAGCGCGUGCGAGAAGGGCGAGCAGUGGCAGCGGGCUCUGGCGCUGCUGAGCGAGAUGCGGGAGGCCAAGCUAGAGCCCGUGUCCUUCAGCUACAGUGCUGGGAUCAGCGCGUGCGAGAAGGGCCGGCAGUGGCAGCGGGCGCUGGCGCUGCUGAGCGAGAUGUGGGAGGCGAAGCUGGAGCCCGACGUCGUCAGCUACAACGCUGGGAUCAGUGCGUGCGAGAAGGGCGAGCAGUGGCAGCGGGCUGUGGCGCUGCUGAACGAGAUGUGGACAGCGAGGCUUGAGCCCAACGUCAUCAGCUGCAGCGCUGGGAUCAGCGCGUGCGCGACGGGCAAGCAGUGGCAGCGGGCUCUGGCGCUGCUGAGCGAGAUGUGGGAGGCAAAGCUGGAGCCCAACGUCAUUAGCUACAACUCUGGGAUUAGCGCGUGCGAGAAGGGCGACCAGUGGCAGCGAGCCCUGGCGCUGCUCCGCGAGAUGCGGGAGGCGGAGCUGGAGCCCAACGUCAUCAGCUACAACGUUGGAAUUCGCGCGUGCGGGACGGGCGAGCAGUGGCAGCGGGCCUUGGCGCUGAUCACCGAGAUGUGGGAGGCGAAGCUGGAGCCCAACGCCAUCAGCUACAGCGCUGGGAUCAGCGCGUGCGAGAAGGGCGAGCAGUGGCAGCGGG